AUGUGUCAUUUGACAUUAACUAUGUGUCUUAUCUUCAAAGUUAAAAGGAUAACCGGUCUUAAUCCAUCCGAUACAAUUAAAGAAUCAAAUGUAAAUAUGAAUUCAUUAAUUAAUGGAAAUCCAUGGCGUCAUCAUAAUCCAUAUGUAUAUGAUCCAGCUGCAGCUGUUGCUCUUAUUGGUUAUUCACCAUAUGGACCAUCUUAUUCUCCUCAUAUGGAUUUAGCUGGUAGAAGAAAAAAUGCAACUAGAGAAACAACAGCAACAUUAAAAGCAUGGUUAUAUGAACAUAGAAAAAAUCCAUAUCCAACGAAAUCAGAAAAAGUUUAUUUAGCUAUUAUGACGAAAAUGACAUUAACACAAGUUUCAACUUGGUUUGCUAAUGCUAGAAGAAGAUUAAAAAAAGAAAAUAAAAUGACUUGGUCACCAAGAAAUAGAACGAAUGAUGAUGAUGAUGAUCGACAAGGUGUCGGAUCAAACAGUGAUGCUAGUGAUGAUGAAUGUAGUUCCCCACCAGCACGAAUAACAACACAAAAUCAUUAUCUAUCAGCUCCACUUACUGUUCUUCAACAUCAACAACAUAUACAAACACAACAAACAACAACAACAACAACGACAACAACAAUAACAGAUGAUUCAUGUCGAAAACGAAAAUUUGAUGAAAUUGAACCAGUUGAAAGAAAAAAAUCUUCAGGAAUAUGGUCACUUGCUGAUAUGGCGGAAAAAAAUCCUCAUCGAUCAUCUUCAACAUCUCUUCAAGAAAGACAAAAUACGACAAGUCAAACAACAACAACUAUUGGUGCAUUUAAACCUUUCAAAUGA